GUCAAGUCAGUUAGGCAAUGAAGUUUCAAGUGAUUGGAAUUCACGGUCAGAGAGCACGUGUUAAAACCGGCAUUGUUUAUUUUUAAAAAUUUAUCAUCCAAUAAGUUAAUCAAAAUAUUUUUUGUUUACAUCAAGCCAAGAGAAAGAAUCGAAUCAUAGACUAGUAUAAUCAUUAUUCUGAUUAAAUAUGAAAAAAAAUUUAAUGAAGUUUAAAAAACAGUUGUGGACGUUAUUUAUUUUAUUAAGUUUUGUAACAUAUGUGAAAUCACAAGACGAUGACUCCCUCGCAGGAAGUUUUUUAUCAGGUCUCCUAGACUCGAUAGCAAGUACCGCAAAUAGCGACAAUUGUCCAGGAGUUUGUGUACAUGCACUAGCGACCUUGAUUUGUGAUGACGUCCUUGAGGAGGUUCAAUGUCCUUCACCAAGCAUGCGCUGCUGUGUAAAUGAAGCUACUAACAGCACGGAUAGUUCUGCUUCUGAAAAUGACAUUGAAGAUGAAGCAACUGCAUCAACUGUAAAAGAAACUACGAUUCCUUCAUCAACUACAGCAUCCACAACAGUUUCUACAACAACAACACCAGUUAUAACAACAACAUCAGCAACAGCAGUUGUACCAUCUACGAUAGCAUCGGUAAUUUUUUCAAUAAAUAGAACUAUUUCAAAAUGUUCUGGGAUGUGCAUUGAAUUACGAAUAGCCGAGUACUGUGAAGCUAUUGUUAAUAUUGAUACCCUAUGUAAACCUGGACUACGAUGUUGUGUUUCAAAAGAUACUUUUGGUAACAAUCCACCACCUGAAUUCUAUGUGAUUGAUCGAUCCAAAGGGAACUUGACUAAAACUGAUGGAAAAGUUGGCUAUGAAAAGAUAACAAGUACAUUAAGACCGUCAACUACUUCAUCACUCCUAUCAUCACCUUCACCAACAUCAUCCUCAGUUUUCCCUUUGGCAGCAACAUUGGCUACAAUCAAGCCAAAACCUGUCUCUAAGAAACCAUGUCAAGGUGAAUGUGUCAGCCAUUUUUUGGCCCUGUUUUGUGAUAACAUCGAUCGUGAUGCAGAUUGUCCUUCAGAUGGAUCUUGUUGUACAACCAAUAUUCCUUCUAAAACGGAAAUAACUACAACAUUAAAACCAACCAUAAAACCACCAGCACCAAAAUUACCUCCUUGUAAAGGAUACUGUUUGUUGACAAUAAUGGCAGCAUUCUGUGAACGGCCUAGUCUCAUUGUAUCAAAAACGUCGACGUGUUCAAGUGGGUCUAUUUGUUGUGAUGAUAGUAAUGCACCACCUACUACUCAACGACCACGGCCAAAACCAGUACCCACGAAAGCAUCAACAACACCUGCAUCUUUACCACCAGAUUCUCGACCUGAAUGCCCAGGAUCAUGUAUCAUGUCUUACCUAUCUUUUACAUGUUUUAGAAAUGCUGAAUUAACUACCAUUUUUAAAUGCAAGAAAUUUGGUCAUCAAUGUUGCGCUCCUAAAUCAAUAAUUCGUGAAUAUAACAAUGGAAAUGCCAGUCAAGAUCAUAUUUUGACAAAUCGAAAUGAUACAUUUCCAUCAGUUACAAGGCCGUAUACUUCUACAUUUGUUCCUACUGUACCAUAUGAUACACCGUUACUGCCUCUCUCAACAACAUUACCAACUCCUACAACAUCUAAAGCUCCAAUUUACAGUAAAUAUGUGUGUGGAGUUAAAGGCACAUCUCGAGGUCCUGUGCAGGCUCGCAGUUAUUCAAGAGAUGGUCGAGUAGUUGGUGGAGAAGAUGCUGAUGCUAAUGAAUGGUGUUGGCAAGUUGCUUUGAUAAAUUCACUCAAUCAAUAUCUUUGUGGAGGUGCUUUAAUUGGAACCCAAUGGGUUUUAACAGCAGCUCAUUGUGUUACCAAUAUUGUCAGGUCGGGUGAUGCAAUUUAUGUACGUGUUGGUGAUCAUGAUCUUACAAGGAAAUAUGGUAGUCCUGGUGCACAAACUCUAAGAGUUGCUACUACUUAUAUUCAUCAUAAUCACAAUAGCCAGACAUUGGAUAACGACAUAGCUCUGUUGAAAUUACAUGGACAGACUGAACUCAAGGAUGGCGUGUGUUUAGUUUGUUUACCCGCUAGAGGAGUCAGUCAUACCGCUGGAAUGAGGUGUACUGUUACAGGAUAUGGAUACAUGGGUGAAGCUGGUCCAAUCCCUCUGAAAGUACGGGAAGCAGAAAUACCUAUCGUUAGUGAUGCUGAAUGCAUUAGAAAAGUGAAUGCUGUUACAGAAAAAAUCUUCAUUUUACCUGCUAGCAGCUUUUGUGCGGGCGGUGAACUUGGGAAUGAUGCAUGCCAGGGUGAUGGAGGUGGUCCUUUAGUGUGUCUGGAUGAUGGAUUCUAUGAACUAGCAGGACUUGUAUCAUGGGGGUUUGGUUGCGGAAGAGUUGAUGUUCCUGGUGUUUAUGUUAAAGUAUCAGCUUUUAUCGGCUGGAUAAAUCAAAUUAUAUCUGUUAACAAUCUUUAGUAAAUUCUAUUUACUUAAUUGAUUGAUAUACGUUAAUUUAUUUAUUAGAUAAAUUAAUUGAAUAUUGCUGCACCUUGACAAUUUCUGAGUUUAAUAUUUAUUAGUUAAUUUAACUGUUUUGAGAGUGAUUUUAAGUAAAAGUUACUACACUAUCCUUAAUAAUCACAAAAUGUUGGAAAAUCACAUGAGGAGUUUACUUUUGGAUUACGACUUUUAAUGAUGUGAGAGAAUGUAGGACUCGAAAUUAAUUUAAUUAUUUGAAUAAAAAAAUUUCCAUUCAUUUUUUAAUUAAAAAAUUAAAAUAUUUUAAGAAUUCUAAUUACAUUGCAAUGCUUAAAAAAUAUUGAUAGAUAAAAGUAUACGGAUCUUUGCGCACUAGUUUUAGGCGAAUAAAUAGAUAAAAUAAGGAAAUACCUCCAGGAAAAGAUUCAUGCAACAACAAUCUAUGGAAUGAAACGAGAUAAAGACGAUUGGUUGAAGAAUAAGCAAAAUAUCCAAAAUUAAAAGUUCAAAGUGGUUCGACAGAUUUUAGUCAACUACGUGUAAAACGAGUAAGAGUGUUAGAGAUAUUAAAAGCAAUCUUUUGAGUCGCACGAAGGUCCAUAUAUUUUUAUCAGUCCAUGGUUCUCUAUUUCGAGGCGCUUUUAGUACGCGAGAAAAAUUUUUCAUCUAUGAUCAUGAAUCACACAUGACUAAUAAAGUUCACAUGUAUGUUUCUAAUGAAACAUGUAGCCAAUUUUCUGUUUACGAUCAUAUAUGAAAAUUUUUUCUUGAGUAGUAACUUUUACGAAAUAUUUUUUCGUGCACUAUCAAAAAAUAUAAACUUACGCAUGAUUUAAUAAUUUGUUCAACUAAAAUUGGUCAGAUCGGAGUCAUAGAUAAUAUUAUUUACUAUAUUAUCGAGAUAUGUAAGGCUUUAUUAUAUAAUCAUCAAGAUCAUCAUAAUCAUCUUCAUCAUCAUCAUUUUCUUCAUUUUACAAGUAAGACACUUACAUGAAAUUCUAGUGAGUUAUAAAAUGAAUUUUAUCUAUAAAAAAAAAACAUUGUUCCUAGUUCUUUAAAGAAUUUUAAUGUUUACACUUUCGAUGUCAUGCCUUGAAUAGUAUUAAUGAAAAUAAAUGGUAAUAAAUCUGGAAAAAUUGUUAAGAUGCAACAACGUUUAUUAUACUUGAUUUGUUCGAUC